AUGCCGAAUGAAGGCACUUCCGGGUUACCGCCGCGCGGCACACGUGAUGCGAAGGCCACGUGGUCCUCUCAUCAUGUGACCUGCGGCGUUCGCGGGCAGGAGGUGGGAGAUUCUCGUGGGAUUGCAGGGGGAGGAAUGUGGGGGGAGGUGUCCUGGAUGUGGAGAUUUGGGAUCACUAAGUGGGCCGUAGGAGUCUACAGGGGUCUGAGCACGCGGGGAGGAGUGGGGGAGGGACUCCACAGGCCAAGCCCGGAGCGCCCCCCCCUUCCGGUGAUGCCCCCCCCCCUGAUCCCUCCCCGUGCCCCCUCAGGCCAUGGCCCUGCCGCCACCGCCCCCACGGUGGUGCCGGGCGAAGCCUCCGAGAGCGACUCGGAGCAGGAGCUGCUGGUGGGGGCGGCGGGGGGAGCCCCCGGGGCCGGGCUGAAGGUGCCGGGCGAAGCCUCCGAGACCGAAGAGGAGGAGGAGGAGGAGGAGGAGCAUAGACCGAAGACAUCCCCAGUGCUGGCGGAGGAGCCGGCGACGGUUUGGUGGGGGCGGCGGGGGAGCCCCUCGCUGCUGCAGCAGCGGCUGCGGGAGGGGCGGAGGCGGCUGCAGGGGGCGGUGGCAGCGCCCUGCGGCAGAGCUUACGCCAGCGCCCGCCCGGAGGCCCUGGGAGUCACAGGCUGUGAGGAGGCCCUUAUCCGGGCGCAGGUGACCGGCGCCGCCGCUCACUGCUGCCGCCUGGCCCGCCGCGACCUGCGCGCUGUGGCCGACACCAUCGACAUCGUCACGGCCUGUCGCCUCCUGCCCGACAUCCGCGUACAGCUCUGACCGGGACUGGGACGAGGCAUCACGUUCACCAUCCCCGCUGUGGCUGUCACCCGCGGCAGCAACAACGCCUGCCAGACAUCCACGAGCAGCUGCUGGCACCACUCCUGUCCUCAUGGCAUCACCAGUGCCGCAUCUGCCGUGGUUGGCUCAUGCCUGUCAGCGUCAUCGCUGCAGUGUCCUGCCGAAUGUGUGGUUGUGGUGGCAUCGAGUCAUGGCUGCAGCACCUCACACUGACUUUGAAGAUCUCCUCACCAUGGUGGCAUCCCCAGUGUGGUCACAGUGACACCAAACAGUGGCUUUGGCACAGAGACCACCACCCUGCCACCCCAGGACCUCUACACUCUGGUGACAUGAUCACUGCUAACCCCCUGGCCAGCUGCCACCAUUCCUGAACUGCAGCCUCACGCUGGCUCCAGUCACUGCUGACCCCACCGUUUUGUGUGACACAGAACUGAAUAAAGCCAUGGUGGUGUCAGAGCCACAAUGGGGA